GCGGCGAGGGGACGCCGGGCCGCCGCCUGGCCCCCGCGUCGCGGAGGAGGGUGAGCGCGGUGGAGGCGGCGGGGCUGCGGCCAUGGGCUGCCUGCAGAGCGUGGCCUGCAAGGCGCGGGUGCGGCGGGAGCACAUCGUGGUGUCCGACGUGUCGGCCACCAUCGAGCCGGCGGCCACCGCCAUCGAGGAGAGCUCGCCGGUGGUGCUGCGGUACCGCACGCCCUACUUCCGCGCCUCGGCGCGCGUCCUCAUGCCGCCCAUCGCCCGGCGCCACACCUGGGUGGUGGGCUGGAUCCAGGCCUGCAACCACAUGGAGUUCUACAACACCUACAGCGACCUCGGCGUGUCAAGCUGGGAGCUGCCCGACUUGCGAGAAGGAAGAGUAAAAGCCAUCAGUGAUUCUGAUGGAGUGAGCUACCCCUGGUAUGGAAACACCACAGAAACUGUGACCCUGGUCGGGCCCACAAACAAGAUCUCCAGGUUCUCGGUGAGCAUGAAUGACAAUUUCUACCCCAGCGUGACGUGGGCCGUCCCUGUGAGCAACAGUAACGUGCCGUUGCUGACCAGGAUUAAAAGGGACCAGAGCUUUACCACGUGGCUGGUGGCCAUGAACACCACUACCAAGGAAAAGAUCAUCUUGCAGACUAUAAAGUGGCGGAUGCGAGUGGACAUUGAGGUUGAUCCCAUGCAGCUCCUGGGGCAGCGGGCACGACUGGUGGGAAGGACUCAGCAAGAGCAGCCCCGGAUCUUGAGCAGGAUGGAGCCCAUCCCACCAAAUGCACUAGUGAAACCCAAUGCCAACGAUGCCCAAGUCCUCAUGUGGAGACCCAAGCGAGGCCAACCUAUAGUUGUUAUACCUCCCAAGUAGCACAGCACCGGGGCACGCACUGGUGUGUGCACAUGGGGACCGUGGUGCUGUUGGUGUGGUGCAAAUGAGUGGGAUUCCUGAGCCAAAGCAGACCUCUUGGGUUCGCCUGCCUUUGUAGCUGUGGUUGGAAGUUCCUCAGUUGGAAAGAGAGCAUGAGCUUGGCCUGGCUGUGGAGAGGGGUUGCCAAGCUGGUCCCAGGAAGUGGAUUUAAGUGCUUCUAGGGCUUGUGGCUGGAAAAAAGGCUGUCUUAUCCAACCAUCUCCUGCCUCCUUGCAGGGAAGUGUGAGGAGCAGGAGCAUGAUCAAACCGUGCCUGUGGCAAAUGCUGCUUUCCACUCCAUUAGCCGUAGUUGAGGAGCCCAUGCCUGCCAGACAUGGGGGGUUGUGCAGUCACCCUUCCCCUCGAUGUCUCUACCUAUGCAUUUCAGAUCGAUAAUCAGCAUGUUGCCAUGCUGUCUGGGACUUGGAAGGGCCUGGGAGCAGCGCGGGAGCUGGUGCCCAGCCAGAGCCCAGUGCCAGCAGUCAUCUCUGCCUGAGAGGGUUUUCUGCAGCUGACUGGAAGCGGGACAUUAUGCAUGCAUCUUGGUGCGUUUGGAGUGGUUGUGAAUGUAGGAGAUGACAUAGUUCGUUCCUGUCUAGGAGUGAGACCUGAGGGCAGGUUAGAUAUCCUUUAGUUUUAUGGUGCACUAAAUCUUUGCAGUUACCCCCCUUCCCAUCCCCGCCAACCAUUUCUUUUGCUGGAGCAAGAAUUAUUCUCAACCAGAAGAGAAAUCACAAGUGAUGCCUUUUCACAGAGGCGAAGGAGAGCAGGCAGCUACUGAUGGUGUUUGCGUGGUAUCCAGAAAAGCUUGGAAGUACUCCAGGAUUUGGAUGCUUCCACUGCAGACACGAGUGCAUAGCAAGAGGUUGUGUGCUUGUUCAUUUUCUACCCAAAUGCCUGCUGGUGUGGGAAGUUUGAUCCUCAGCCACCCAUGGAGCAGUGCAGUGUGCGUGCAUGUGCAAGUUGCUCGUGCUGUUGCAGGUGUCUGGCAGGUUGCCUUUUUCCCCGCCCUGUGCCCUUGACUGCCUGGAUUGCUGGCAUCUCUCUGGUCUGUGGGGAGGUACUGGUGCUGUGGGCUGCAAUGUACAAUUCCCUGCUUGUUGUAGCAGGGGAGCAACAUUUCCCUUCUUUCAGCUGAGCUCUGGUGUUUGCACCUUCCUGGAUGCAGCAGGGGCAGAAGCCACAGUGGCUCUGUCCCCACCCAGGGGCAGCUUCAAGUGCCCUGUGUUGCCGCAGGGUCCUGGGCAGAUGAAUAUGGCUUUUGCUGCUUUCCCUGCUCUGUUUCAUGCUGCCAUACCUCCAGCUUGUGCCCCUGCCUUUGUGCAAUGAAGGUUUCUGCUGCUGUGGGGAUGUGAGGUAUUCCUGCUUGGAGUUUCCUGUGUCCCCCUUUCUGCUGGGAGAGCCUGGGAACUGUCUCACUGGCUACUCUUGUCAAAGCCUUUCUUGCAGCAUCAGGAGCACUUCCUUGAACCUGGGUGUCAGGCAGCCCAGCUCAGGGCUUCUUUGCUUCCCCCAGGAUGCAAAACCUGUUCCCUGCUGCAGAGGAGCCUUUUUUCUCAGUGUGCACACGCCUUGGGGCAGAGCCUUCCCACAGCAUCGCUCUCUGAAGUGCGCACAAAUCCCUGCAAAGCUUCAGGUGCAGCUCAUGCUUUUCCAGGGUGAGACGCACACCUCUGGCACCUGGGAGCUGCUCCUCACGAGCAAAGGAACUCCUGGGUGUCUUAGACCAAAAAUCCCUGUGAAAUCCCCAUGCUAUUUAUUACUCUCAUUAGGCUUUGCUACUUACUCGGUUCUUAAUUAUUUUUCCUCUGGGAGCAUUGCACACCAACGCCCUGAUGAACACUUUGAUGUGCUGUGGGCUGUGGUCCUGCUCCUCCUGCUCAGCCUGGUGCAGACGGAGGGGUUUGGUGGUCUGGGAAGCGACUGCUUUGGGUUAGCUGAGGGCUGGGUUAGUCCUUGCCGUGAAAAAGCCUGGAAGGAGAGCAGGCUCUGAGCUCUGGUCUGCUUUGUUUUCUUGAGCAGAUUUCUGCGAGGAAAUGGUGAGCACUGGACACCUUGUUUUUGUGAGAUUCAGCCAGUGUUUUUGUAUGGACACGUGAUCAAAGGAGUUUUAGCUAUUGCUGAUGUUUUGUUUAUCAAAAGUGUGUGUGGAAAAGCUGUUAGAAACUUUUAAUACAAUAUAAAACUUGGGGGAGGAGGAAGAAGGGGACAUACCUUUCAGUGUGAAAUAAGACAGGUGUGUAUUGUUGACCUGCUAGGACAGAAACAAUCCCAAAAGUUCUUGUGAAACCCCUUUGCAGGGGCUGGAGGGCAGUUGAGCCCAAGGAAAUGGUGCAGCAAAGGACUGUGUGGCACUGAAGCACAGAGGGAGAGAGAGAGGCAGAGGAUCGGCUGCAUCUCCUCGGGGUGUAGGGAGCGAUCAGCCCCUCUAAGGAUUGCUUGCAUGUUCAAGUCUGGGGUUGCUUGCAGCUUGGCUGCCCUUAUUUCUGAGGGCCCCAAUUGGGAGCCCCAGUGCUGGCUCUAGGAGGAGCACCUGGCCUCCUGAGCUCGGCUGUAAAACCACCCCAAGGGACGCUAGCCCCUCCAGCACUCCAUCCCCAUCCCCGCUUGUAGCCGGCACCUCGUUAUCUCAGGGAGGGACAGGUCGCACUUCCCCCUCAUCCUGAGGUGCCCCUGCUGCUCCGUCCUGUGGUGGUUUCAUGGCUGUGCUCACAUGCCACUUGGGCACGGCCCUUAGGGAAGCACCCAUCAAUCUCUCUGGGUUCAGAGCGUCGCUGCGGGUGCUGGGAAACGCCUGCGGGGCAGGCGGGUGAAGCCGGAGUGGGUGCCACAAGUGCCACCCCUGUCCUCGGCACCCAUGCGGACGCGGCUGCUUGCUCGCGUGCUCGGCUCACUUAUUUAUUUCUUAUUUAUUUCUUAUUUAUUUAUUUAAGAUGUAUUUAAGUUAUUUAUUUGUAUUUAUUGACAGCUGGAACUCGGGGGUCAUUUCUGCUGCGCGGCAGGGGUAGCUGGGUCUCCCCUGCGCAUUUUGGGAGCACUGAUGGGGAGGGAUGCUGGUGGGCACCCGCUCCCAUCCUAUCCCCUUUUGGGAGGGAGAGAGGACUGGGGAAGAGGAAUCACAUCAGUGCCUGCAGGGAGGACAUCCUGUGCCUGGCCUCUUCCUGCAGGACCUUGAAGCCUCCUCCUCCUCCCCCUCAGGCACUGCACUCCCUCCCGUGCCCGUAUGUAUUUAUUGGCCCGGCCUCCUGGUGUUUUUCUGUUUGGCUCACGCUGUACUUGAUGUUGCCAAUUUCUAGAGAUGGUGAUAAGAGCAAGGACGUGUGGGUGUCUCUACAGAGAAAAGACAAAAUCAGGUAUUCUGCUGUUGUGUGGAGAAAAUCGGAAGGAAGAGAAGAUGAAAGCUGGUUUUGCAGAGUGCCUUAAACACAAAUGACUUUAUGGAGUAGGGGGCUUGGACUUCUGUCUUUGGAUGUUAUUGCAAACUCGAACAAAUGUUGCGUUUCACUUCUCUGGGAUUAAAAGAACAUUCAAUCUGUACUGGAACCAAACUGUUCUGUCUGCUUAAGUCUGGCUUUUCUGGGCAGGAGGCCGGAAUGUUUGCGAGGGGUGGAGGGGUGCAGGCUGCCCUUUCUCCCUGGGGAAAUCAGGUCAGGGUGAGGGCUGUGUGCCAGAGUACUGCAUGGAACCUGGGAGCCCUCGCAGCUGGUGGGGAACUUGGGAAUCUGUCAAACUUCGUAAGGCUGAAAAAAUGUACAGACAGGGGAUGUUCCCACUUGGAAACUGCAAUCCCAUUCCUAAUUCCUGCAGUGAGAGGUGGAGAAUAAGAUACAACACAGAGAUUGGACGGUGUUAUUUUUUCCUCAGUACAAUAGGGGAUGGAGAAUUUUUUAACGAAGGUUCACUUAAAUUUCCACAACCAGUUGAGUUGAAGAAAAAGAGCAAUUGAAAUGUUUGGAAAGAAUAGCAAUAGUCACUGAAUAGUUCCUGACAGCAAUGUAUUAACGAGGAGUUCUCAACGUGAAAGACAGCCACGUCUGGGGAGAGAUGUCUUCUGGGCUGGCAUGGCCUGCAUUGGGUGCUGGGAAGAGCUGAGGGCUUAGAGUGGUGAUGGAGGACAUCCCAUUCUGCAUCCCUGCAGGGUGCUGGAGGGUGUCUCAUUGCAUUGCACAUGGUUGUGGCAGAGCCUUGCUGGCUCUGCAGGACAUUUGUGCCGUGUGCCAGCCAGCUUCCUUAAUAGCUGCUGAUUCCAAGUGUUGCUGACUGUGCUGGGCACUGAGAGAUGCCCAUGGGCAGGCAGCCUGUGUGCUAUUCAGUGAGCGGGUUUCUUUCCUACCAUUAUACUAAACAUUGUUCAUCACUUGACAAGUUUGGACCUGCAUGAAGCAUCCCCUGGGCAGCGGGGCUGUGUGGCAGAGCAGCAGAACAUGCCUGGAAAGCAAAUCACAAACCUUCUGAUUUCACGGUCCCAAGGAUUUAGAGGUAAGUGUCGGAGAAAUCUCUGAGGUUCUGGUGUUGGUGUGCAGGAAGUUUACAGGGAUUGUGCUGUGCCCUAGGGAGCAGGGUAGCUACCUCUAAAUCCAAUCUGACAUCCCCUAAGCAGAUAUCUCCUUCCUUUUCCCCACUGAGGCUCCUUGGCAAAGCAGGAACAGCACUGCUGCCCUGAUGCCUGCUGCCUUUAUGCAAAGUGCUUUCCAGACUGCUUUAUGCAGCAGACUGUGCACUGCUACCAGCCAGGAGUGUCGGUGCG